AUGGAAAAUCACUUCACAACAAAGAGGAACACAUUCCUCACACUGACGGCUACAGACAACCGAACAUUUGUGUGCACCGUCUGCGAAACCGAAAGAGUGUUAGGGUCCUUGCAAGGCCUCAGAAGACAUUAUACGAAAAAACAUCCAAACGAAAUGGGGGAGUAUGAGAAACUUCUAAAAAGAAGACCUGCUAUGUUUGAUGGCCCUUCUUCUUCUGCAAGCACUGCCACUGCCACUGCCACUGCCACUACCACUGCCACUACCACUGCCACUACCACUGCCACUACCAACCUGAACAGUAAUAAUGAACCUGCCCCAAUGGAAUUUAUUAUUGAAAACCCUCAGGACACAUAUGGCCAUGAAAUCUCUGACGAAGACGAAUAUAGUGAUGAUCACAUUCUAUCUGAUUCAUCAGAUGACUAUGAUGAGACCACUGACGACGAAGACACGGACACCAGAGUAGAAUAUGAUAGCCAGGAUCAUAUCGCUAGAAUGGCAGCAGAAAUGAGAACCUUCCAAUCUCUUUCUCAUGCCAUGAAUGUCUACUCGAACGAAGACAGCAGCAGACAGACAUCGUACCGGCCCGAUGACUUUGCUGACAUUUUUACUGGACCCACCCGUCCGUUUAAAUCGAAAGUAGAGUUUAUCUUACAUGCUCUCUUCUACGGCGAUGAAGAUCUUGCCUCAGAAAGAUCUAUCAAGAAGAUCAUGUUUGCCAUGAAGAUGGUCUUGGACGUCCGUGAAGAAUCUGGAGUAGCACUGGAUUUUCCGACACCAAAUGCUGUGAUUAACUAUCACAAGCAGAAAAAGAACCAGAUCCCUGUUUUUCCUACUGCCAGUUUCGAUGUUGUGAACCAAGACAAUGAACGACAUGUACUUUGGAUGAACAAACCGUCCGAUUACAUCAAGUUUACCAUGACAUGUCCCGGAAAAUCAUCUCAAAUCUCGGCCCUUCCUGACUUCACGGAAAACCAGCGGUUGAAUCUCAACCAAGGCAAAAAGUGGAAGGAGAACCCAUUGCUCCAGCACCCGAUGAUCACUUCAAACGGAAUGGACUACUGGGUGGGUGAUGUCGUCGAAGUCCAAGGCUCCCCGAACCAGUAUCUCCUUGAGAAGUUCUUCACCAAGGACGGAUCCAUACUUGCCAAUGCGUUCCAGGUUUAUGGUGGCCACGAUCCUCGGCUGAACCAUCCUGAUGAUACUCACUUCCUGCGGUUUGGAAACUCUACGAACUUUGCUGUCUCUACCCUGAAGUAUACCAUUGAAGUUGAUAGGAUUAUGUUUACUGUUCAAAAAGACAGCGAUCUUUUCCUCGGACGUGGUUUCUCUGUUUCUUAUUGCCCUGCCAAAAUUGUCACCUAUGCUCUUACUGGUGUUCAAUCUGACUUGUGGCUCAACAAAUCCCGUGUUGAAGAAUUCAAGAGAAGACUUCCAGGCUCUGGUUUGAUGAAAGUGGUUGUCUGCCCACUUAAUCUCUAUUCCGACGAUACCUCCGGUAAUUCAACAAAGCAGUACAACAAGUAUGACAGUUACUUAAUGUACUUUGCUGCGUUGCCACUUGAGACGAGAAACAAACGAGAAAAUGCUCUUUUCAUUUGUACCUCGAAUCAUACACUGAAUGCCGUUGAGAUGUUGCCCCCUAUCGUCGAUGACCUCAUUAGGCUGGAGAAAGGUAUUGAGAUGUAUUCUGAGGAUCAUGGUGAAGUAGUUCUUGUCAUUGCGCCCCUGUUGCUCUUUAUGGGUGACAACCCUCGUCAAUCUCAGCUUGCCAUGCAUAAGGGAACAUCUGCCAAGAAGUUUUGCCGAAAAUGCCUCAUACCUUCGCCUCGUAUUGAACAGGGUUCCAUCCCUGACGCUCCACCGUAUUCUCCAGUUGACCACCAUGGGUCAGAAGAAAGAACGAGGGAUUUCUUGUGCGCCUUUGCCAAUGCCGAUUCCCAGUCAGAGCUAUAUCUCAAUGGGUGCGAAUUGAGUUAUAUCAAGAAUGGAAGUGAGGAAUUUCUUAGACUCGAAGCCUUUGACCCUACCAAAGACAUGCCUGUCGAAAUUCUCCACAUUAUUCCUCUUGGCCUGACGAAAUAA